UGUCAAUCAGACCGGUAGUGUCCAUGGGCUGGAUGCCUGGCAGGGGGAGCAGCAGGAUCCAGGAGAGCUCAGCGCAUCUUCCAGCAAGGAUGAAAGAUGGACCCAGAAGAGCAGGAGCUGCUGGGGGAUUACAGAUAUAGAAAUUACUCCUCAGUCAUUGAGAAGGCUCUGAGGAACUUCGAGUCCUCUACAGAAUGGGCCGAUCUCAUCUCAUCGCUUGGAAAACUCAAUAAGGCUCUGCAAAGUAAUUUGAGGUACUGCUUACUACCAAGGCGCCUGAUUAUUAGCAAGAGGUUGGCACAAUGCCUGCACCCAGCUCUGCCCAGUGGAGUCCACUUGAAAGCCCUGGAGACCUAUGAAAUUAUCUUUAAGAUAAUUGGUACAAAAUGGCUGUCGAGGGACCUUUUCCUGUACAGUUCGGGCCUCUUUCCACUGCUGUUUCACGCAGCCAUGUCUGUGAAGCCCAUUCUCCUGGGUCUCUAUGAGACUUAUUUCCUGCCCAUACAGAGGUCAUUGCUGCCCAGUCUCCAGGCGUUCAUCACUGGACUGCUCCCAGGCUUGGAAGAAGGAUCGGAAAUUUAUGACAGGACAGAUGUGUUACUACAGAAACUGUCCAUGGUGGUUGGUCCGGAAGUAUUCUACAGCUCUCUUUGGGGCAGCGUCUUGGUCAGCAGCUCCAUUCGCCUUCCUGCUUCCCUCUUUGUGGUCAGUCACAUCAACAGAGACUUACCAGCCAACUCUCAGAGCUACAUGCUGGGGAAUGACAAGCAGCUGGCCAUGAAAUCUCUUUGUAUCUCUGUAAUGGAUUCAAAUGUUCUCGUACAGAGGAACACCUUGGAAAUCCUGGUCCACUUCUUCCCCUUCCACACAUGCCUGGAGUCUGAUAUCUGCCCCAUGUCACUCCAGCGGUCAGAUCUCAUUCACAUCCUUUCUGCCGCUAUCCAGACUGUCCUGAGAAGAGACAUGUCCCUGAAUAGGAGACUGUAUGCCUGGCUGCUGGGAUCCGAUAUUAAAGGUGGAGUGGUAGCUCCAAAGCUGAAGGCCUCUGUCGGAGAAGAAGAAUACGUCUCCAGUUUUUUCUCCAAAUACUCAAAAGACUUUUUGGUCCAGGCACUUAUGCAGAUAUUACACCAGAAUAUCCUCUACUCAGAUUCUGAACAAGGUCUACACGUUUAUCUGAAGCCUUUCCGAAUCCUGAUUAGCCUGCUGGACAAGCCUGAGAUAGGUCCUCCUGUGGUGGGCGAUUUGUUCCUGGAAGUGAUCAGGGCCUUUUAUGCGUACUGCCGGGAUGCUCUGGGGACCGAUAUAAAGCUGAGUUAUGCCCAGACUGGCAGCCAGCUCAUAAGUGCAAUUAAAGAAAACAAGAAUGCUUCAGAAAUAAUGAAGACGGUCAAUCUCCUCAUCACUUCUCUCAGCACAGACUUCCUGUGGGAUUAUAUGACUGUGUGCUUUGAGCAGAGCUUCAGAAAAAACAUGGAUUCCACAGACAGUAGAUACGUGGGCCGACCCCCCUGUGUGUCUGAGAUCUGCACUCUGCUGGUCUUUCUGUUGGAUGUUAUUCCCCUGGAACUGUAUUCCGAAGUGCAGACGCAGUACCUGCCGCAGAUGAUCAGUUACAUGGCACAGUCCCUCUCCGAGAACAUGGACAGUCUCAGCCUCCCAGAGCUCACGCAGGCUCUGAAGACUUGCUUCAAGGUGCUCAGCAAAGUGCAGAUGCCCCCCGCUUACCUGGAUAUGGAGUCCAUGAGUCCGGAUGCUAGUCCAUCGAAGGAAUCUGUGAAGUUGAAACAGAAUGGGGACGCAGAGGUGGAGAUAGCAGAAGAGGAUCCUGUCUACCCUCCUCUGAAAUCUGAAGACAGCGGCAUUGGCCUUAGUGCCUCCUCCCCGGAGCUCGCCGCGUACCUGCGUAUGCCCAGGGUGUGCCCAGAAAAGGGGGAUGUCUGGAAAAAGGGUGGCAACGUUCAGAAGACACUGCACUGCAUACAAGAUCUCAUAGCCAACUUUGCCAGCAAACAUCUGUUCGGGAUUCAGCUGCAGACUGAGAAAAAUGGCACCCAGUUGACCCCAGAGAAGCAGGAAGAUGUGAAGAAAAGGGGGACGUGGGAGCAGAAGCAGAUGACGGCACCGCAGUUCAAGCAGAUGCUGGCGGAAUUCUUCACCCCGUGGCCGUCAGUGUCUAAACAGAAAAGCGAUAAGGUGGAAUAUUCCCUGUCUGGCUCCCCCAGAAAGAAAAUAAAUUUGGGGGCCGAGCAAGAGUGGGACAUCGACCGCAUCAUCAAGAACAUGGGGGACAUGUCCGAGGACUGCCGGGAGGCCUUUGCCGCUGCCUGCCACUUCCUGCUGGACUGCGCUACCUUCCCCGUCUACCUGUCUGAGGAGGAAACCGAACAGCUGUACUCGACUCUCUUCCAAGUACCUGGUGACGCUGGCUUCCCUCUGUGGUUCAAGUCUCUGAUGACCGUGUGCUGCUGCGUGAAGGAUUGUUAUAUACAGAACGUUGCUAUUUCCACUCUGCUGGAGGUAGUUAAUCAUUCACAGUCUCUGUCUCUCGUCAUGGAAGACCGGAUGAAACGCUCCAAGACGUCCGGGUACAAUGCAGUCUUUGGAAAGCUACAGAUGGUCACCAUUCCACCCAUCUCACCAGGAGUUCUCAAACUCAUAGCUGAGAAGACUGAUUUCUACCCCAGAGUGGCUCAUGUCCUGUGGAAUCAACUGAACAUGGAGACAAGAGAGCACCAUAUCACCUGUGUGGAGCUUUUCUACCGACUGCAUUGCCUGGCCCCAUCCGCAAACAUAUGCGAGGAGAUCAUCUGCCAGACCCUGCUAGACAAUGAUAAGGUGAUCAGGUUGGAAGCUCUGUUCCGAUUCUCAGUAAUCUGGCAUCUGACAAGAGAAAUACAAGGCAGCCGUGUCACUUCUCACAACCGAUCCUUUGACAGGUCCCUGUUUGUCGUCCUCGACAGCUUGAACUGCGCUGACGGAGCUAUCGGCGCAGCCGCUCAGGGCUGGCUGGUUCGGGCCCUCUCUUUGAAUGACGUUGCUCGGAUUCUGGAACCCAUAUUAUUGUUGCUGCUCCAUCCAAAGACACAGAGAACAUCUAUCUAUUGCAUUAAGCAGAAGAACUCCUCAGAAGAAAUCAGCUACUGGUGCAGAAGGAAAAGAUCUUCAUUGAAGGAUGCCGUAGGAAUUCAGGAAAUUCCAGAGAGUAAUUCUGAAGAAAACUUCCCCCAAUUUAACACGGUUGACAGAGAGGCCAUUUGGGCUGAGGUUGAGAAGGAUCCGGAAAAGAUAAAGAACGAAUGGGUCCCAGAUAACACUGAGCCUCCAUUUUGUGGGGACAACGACCAGCAGGACAGUGAACACACAGAAUCUGCAGACACCAGCAUUGGGCAAAGCGCUAGUGAGAACUCCUCUUUAUUCACCCCUAGCUCUGUAGACAUCAGUAAUGACCAAGCAUGCAGUGACAACAUUGAUGGCCAAGGUUUUUCUAGGCCUCCCGGGCAGCCAAACAUGACAUCUAUGAAUGCAGCUAGACCUAAUGCAUUGUUAAACUUGGUACGUACCGAGUCUGAUGCGACACAGACCUCAGAAUCUCUCUCUAGUGAUGAUGAAGCAGAAGUGGAGCUUCAGGCAAUCAGAAGCACCAAACUUCUGAAACAGCAAAAAGAGAAAGAGGAGAUGAUUGAGGCCUUGUUCAAACAUAUCCUCCUCUACUUGCAACCCUAUGACUCCAAGAGGGUCUUGUAUGCCUUCUCUGUUUUGGAAGCUGUUCUCAAAACCAAUCCAAAGGAGUUCAUUGAAGCUGUAGCUAGUACCAGCAUGGACACCAGCUCCACCGCACACCUCAACUUAAUUUACAACCUUCUUGCACGCCAUCAGGAGGCCCUAGUUGGACAAAGCUUUUAUGGCAAGCUUCAGACGCAGUCCCCAUCAAUGUGUCCUCAUUCUUUGCUUAUUGAACUGUUAACGUACCUCUGCCUAAGCUUCCUACGUUCCUAUUACCCUUGUUACCUCAAAGUCAGUCAUAGGGAUGUCCUUGGCAAUAGGGAUGUACAAGUAAAGAGUGUGGAAGUUCUUAUUAGGAUGAUGUCUCAGCUGGCCACAGUGGCCAAGAACUCAGAUGGUAAAAAUGUUAACUUCAUCUAUAGCCUGCUUGAGAGGUGCAAAGUCCAAGAGUUUGUCCUUCUGUCUUUGUCUGCUUCUAUGUACACGAGUCAGAAGAAAUAUGAACUGUUGUCACUUGGUGGAAACAGAGACCUAGGAGACGAAGGCUUGUUUGAAGAGAGUGUCAUUAAUUUUGGUCAGGACCAGAUUUGGAGUGAACAUCCUCUUCAAAUUGAGCUUCUGAAACUGCUCCAGGUUCUGAUUGUUCUUGAACAUCACCUACGUCAACUUCAAGAAGACCAAGACUCACCAGUGGACCUCUCGAAGGAAUGGCAUCGGGGGGUAAAUUUCCAGCAGUCUAUAAAUGCUAUGCAGUAUGUACAGUCCCAUGCAAUCACGUCCCAAGGCUUGUUUGUCUCUGCUGUUGUAAGAGCGCUGCGCCCUGAGUAUGGCUAUGGAAUGCACCCACCCUGGGUGGCCCUGGUCACAUCCUCCUUGCCUUAUUUUGGAAAAUCGCUGGGUUUAACUGUCGCUCCAUUUGUUGCACAAAUAUGCAAGAACAUAGAUGAACUUGUGAAGCAGUAUGAAAACGAGUCCGUAAAAAUAAGCACACCUUGUAAACGAGAGAAUAUCUCCCCCGAUUACCCACUCACACUACUGGAGGGUCUUACCAACAUUGGUCAUUUCUGCCUUCUGGAUCAUCCCAUGCAGACAAAGAAGUCCUCAGCAUCUGACCCAGCUAAUCUGAAGAACGCUCGUAACGCCCUACUUGAAGAACUUCCACGUGUUGUCAAUAGUCUUUCCCUCCUCUGGAGUGUCAUCACCAAGCAGGAGCGAGAGAAGAGGCCCUCCGAUCUUCUGGGGACUAUUAAAGCUUCUUCAUCUGUCUAUUUCAAAACCACCAAAACUUUGAAGCAGAAAGUUUUAGAUUUUCUGAAUCCACUGACGGGACAUUUGGGGGUUCAGCUGAUAGCGGCUGUUGCUGCUGUCUGGAAGAGGAAGAGGUUCAACAAGGCUCAGAGUAAAUCCAAGAUCAUACCAGUACCCAGUGACUCUCAGCUGACAUUAGUGGACCUCGUCUGUGCUCUAAAGACAUUGAAGACUGACACCAUAUUGCAGCUGGUCAAGGAGGUUGUCAAAAAGCCUCCGCAGAUAAAAGGAGAAGAGAAGUCCUCAUUGGUCGAUAUUCCCAUGCUGCAGUUCAGCUACGCAUUUAUACAAAGACUUUCUCCGUCUGAUAUGCAGGAAAAUUUCCAGCCGUUACUGACGCUGCUAAAGGAAUCCGUUUCUCUCAAUCUGGCACCACCUGGUUAUUUCCUUCUCUUAAGCAUGUUGAAUGACUUUGUAACCAGGACUCCAAACCUAGAGAGCAAGAAAGACCAGAAGGAUCUGCAGGAGGUGACACAGAAGAUCCUGGAGUCGGUGGGAAACGUGGCCGGCUCCUCUUUAGAACAGACUAGCUGGCUGAGCAGGAACCUGGAGGUGAAGGCCCAGCCACAAGUUUCUCUGGAUGAUGCGGAUGGUGAUGAAGAGCAGUAUGAGGAAAAUGCCGCAGCGCAGUCAUCCAUGGUCUCCGCCUCUGCGCCAUCUGUUUACAGUGUGCACGCCCUCUCCAUGCUUGCAGAGGUCCUGGCCACACUGCUGGACAUGGUUUACAGAAGUGAUGAGAAGGAGAAAGCUGUUCCACUAAUAUCCCGCCUCCUCUACCAUGUCUUUCCUUAUUUGCGAAAUCACAGUGCAUAUAACGCUCCGAGUUUCCGUGCCGGCGCCCAGCUUCUCAGCAGCCUCAGCGGCUACGCCUACACCAAACGAGCCUGGAAGAAGGAGGUCCUCGACUUGUACAUGGACCCAGGAUUUUUUCAGAUGGACACAUCGUGCCUUCACUGGAAGUCAAUCAUCGAUCACCUUUUGACCCACGAGAAAACCAUGUUUAAGGAUCUGAUGAACAUGCCCAGCAGUUCACUGAAGCUGUACCCCAGCAGCGAGCAGAAGGCCAUGCUACAGAAGCGACAGGGCUUUGCCGUUUUCAGCGGAGAACUGGACCAGUACCAUUUGUAUCUUCCUCUAAUACAAGAACGUCUGACAGAAAAUAUUCGCGUGGGGCAGACGGCUAUAAUGGCGGCUCAGAUGUUCCUGUUUUUCCGUGUUUUGAUUCUGAGAAUUUCCCCGCAGCACCUUACCUCGUUGUGGCCGAUUAUGGUGACUGAAUUGAUACACGUGUUUGUUCAACUACAGGAAGAUCUGGUGGAAGAGGAGACCACGUCAAAGAAUAGCAAGACAAACAAACAGAAAGCCGCCUUGGCAGAGAGCAAUGGGCCUGUAUAUGUGGAGAUCCAGCAGAACAGCUUGGACAUGUAUUUAUCUGCAAGCAAGUUCCUGGACACCGCACUUUCCUUCCCCCCGGACAAGAUGCCUCUGUUUCAGAUGUACAGAUGGGCGUUUGUCCCUGAGGUAGACACGGAGGCCUGUGUCAUCCCUGCAGAAGUGGUAGAGAACCACCAAGAAUGUAAACCUCAUGUUGUUCGGAUACUGGAACUCAUGAAGUUCCGGUUUGGGGAACAUGCAGCCGAAGACUCUAGUUUGAAGAGGAAUGAGUUCCCUCUCCUUGGUCUCCAUUCUAUAUCCAAGAUCACCCAGCUCGUGCCGUUUUUCAGGACACUAAGUUAUGUGUUUAAAGCAAAGGGAAAAAGUUCUAGCAUGGCACAAGGCCUCUACGGCUCUGUGGAAUACCCAGUAGAAGACACUACAAGGGUGAUGAAGGAACUUGAGGAAAACGUGGAAUAUGACUUCUUAGAGAGCAUGGGAAAUUAAUCAGAUGGAAGCCAUGGUGUGCCCCCUAAUUAUGGUGUCCUAUAACUGUGGCUUAUGCUGAAAU